AUGUCUUCUACUACUGGGUUCCAAGACUCAGAAAAGAUUAAAUCUGAUGAGUCCACCUCCGACACUAUCUCAAAGGUAAACGUCACCAAAGACAUCAAAGAAGAAACCAGUAAAAAUGAUAACGACAACGAGAUCAAAGACAACUCUGAUCAAUUGGAAUCUGAAGAUGCUUCAAAAUUAAAACCAUUGAAAAAAAUUAAUCCAAAUGGUCAAAGUUCGAAAUUAAAAAAUUUAGAAUCAAUCUUAAUGCCUUUGAUCUUUACAGGUUUGGCUCUAUUCACUAGAAUGUAUAAAAUAGGUAUUGCCAAUAGAGUCACUUGGGAUGAAGCCCAUUUUGGUAAAUUCGGUUCUUACUAUCUAAGACAUGAAUUCUACCAUGAUGUCCAUCCUCCUUUAGGUAAAAUGUUAGUAGGUUUGUCUGGUUACAUCGCUGGUUACAAUGGUUCAUGGGAUUUCCCUUCUGGUCAAGAAUAUCCUGAAGAUUUAGACUAUGUUAAAAUGAGAAUAUUUAACGCAGCUUUCUCCGCUAUGUGUGUCCCUGUCGCUUAUUUCACCACUAAAGCUAUGGGUUAUUCUUUACCUUCCGUCUGGUUGUUCACUAUCAUGGUAUUAUUCGAAAACUCUUACGCUACUUUGGCUAGAUUCAUCUUAUUGGACUCAAUGCUAUUGUUUUUCACAGUAACUUCUUUCUUCUCUUUUGUUAUGUACCAUAAUCAAAGAAAUGCUCCAUUCAGUAGAAAAUGGUGGAAAUGGAUGUUCAUCACAGGUAUUAACUUGGGUUGUGUCAUUUCAGUGAAAAUGGUAGGUUUAUUCAUGAUCUCCGUAGUGGGUAUCUACACAGUCGUAGAUUUAUGGAACUUCCUAGGUGAUAAAUCAAUGUCAUGGAAAACUUAUUUCGGCCAUUGGUUAGCAAGAAUUAUCUGUUUGAUUAUUGUACCAACAUCUGUU